AUGCUUGACUACUCGUCCCCAACACCGAAAUGGAAGCAUGUUCUCACCCGAGGGUUCCUUACUUAUCGUGCCCAAGCCACGCUCCUCACCGACCCCGCUACCGGACGGAUGUUCCUCUUCGGUGGGUACAUCAACACAGAUUGGGUUCCGUCAGGGAAGCAUAAGAGGACACGCAGCUUCGGGGACGUCUGGCAAUUCCGAGUGGACGUCCCAGGAGGGUUCUUUGAAGAGGUGGACAUGGAUGACGAGGAGCGUACAGCCCUCGUUGGGCCGUGGCAGAAGUGCUUCAGCUGUGGAUCGAUUGGGCCAUGGAAGAAGUGUGGUGGUGAAUCUUGCAAGUGUCCGCAUCCCCUGAUCUCAGAGGCUUACUUCGGUGGCGGACUAGGUACAUGCAGAGGGCGAGCGUUUUUCUGCGACCCUCAGUGUCUGAAAGACGGCUGA